UGCAACAAGAGCUAGAUUCAGUUCCGAGAGGUGUUUCUGCAAGGUGAUGUGACAUCGCUAAUUGAUAGAAAUCGAUUAAAACCAGAGGAGGUGGUGCGAUCUUCGGGCCGUUCGGCUGACCCGGAUUUGCCGAAACAGUUGGUGGCCGACCUCCCUAAUAUCUGCCUUUCCUUCGAGCUGCCCUUAAUCGAAUCGGCCGAAUCGUUUUGACGGCAGUUAUUCGUGCCUAGGUCAAAGGGUGAUCUUCGCUAUUUUGGAAACGAUGGCAGGAGGCGACCCGAGUUGCGAUCAACCCUUCGUGUCCAUCGAGUUCGAGGUCUUCGGCAAAGUGCAGGGGGUCUACUUCACAAAGUACGUAAGAGACCUCUGUCGACAAUUAGGCAUUUGUGGUUGGGUGAAGAACAGUAAGAACGGCACCAUUGUUGGAAAGAUGCAAGGACAACAGGAGCUCGUCGACCAAAUGAUGCAGUGGCUCUCAACGGUGGGCAGUCCAGGGAGCACAAUUGACCAUUGUGAAUUCACAAAUUGGGAGAGCGUUAUGAAAUUGCAAUACGACGGAUACGCGAUUCGCUUUUAAGCUCUAGUUAUAGUUAACUAUACAAUGUUUGAACGUAAGGUGGAUAACGCGGGGUAUUUAUUCUUCUAUUCGUCACCCUUGUUAAUUGUGUUCAAGGAAUGGGAAUAUUUAUGAGAUUAUCUAAGCAAUACCAGCUGGACUGUGUAUGACAAUAUCGUUUGCGGGAGAAAAAAAAAGACAUACGACUGAGGAAAACCCAAUACAUGACAAUGUUAAAGUAAUAGAGGUGUAAUGUAAAAGGAGAUACAUAUUUGUAUAUAAAAACGAAUAAUACAAAGGAAUUACUAUCA